GGUAAAAUGGUCACAAUUUUACCUUAGUCAUUGCUCAUUUGCUCACCCCUUAGGCCCUUACUCCUUAGUCACUCACGUCAACGGCCGUCGGCAUCACUAUCUCUUCCGGCAUUACUCCGGCGAACAACAACUUGGCGACUGGUAUUUUGUUUCACCUGUUCGUUCAAUUUCCUGCAACUUAUUUCAAAAGUUGGCUUCUGGGUAUUCAAUAGCUCUGCGCCCACCCUCCAUUGCAGCCUCCUGGUUCACUAAAGCCGCAUUUCAAAGCUUUAUGGCCCUCACAAGAUUCCUACUGAUAGACCUUGCUCCCGUGCUCAGCCCAUGGGCUCUGAAGGUUUCAGAUCGUGCAAAAUGGCAUCUCUAAUCCCAGAACUAUCAAUAAUUCAAGUGAUUGCAAUAUGUUGGAAUUUGAGAGAGUAGGAGUGCGUCAGCUUUUAAACUUUGGCUUGAAUUUGAAGUUUACUGUGAAGAACUCAAUCAGACAAGUUCACAUGGAAAGUAGUAGAAGCAGCAGAAUUUCAAGGGGUGCUUUGAUCGUCUUUGAAGGGCUAGAUCGUUGUGGGAAGACAUCACAGUCUAGUAGAUUAGUUAAGUACUUGGAUAACCUUGGCCACUCCAUUCAAUCAUGGAGAUUUCCUGAUAGAAAUACCGGAAUUGGGCAAAUGAUAUCUUCUUAUCUUGCCAACAAAUCUCAUUUGGAUGAUCAUGCUAUCCAUCUCCUUUUCAGUGCCAACCGCUGGGAGAAGAGGUCAUUAAUGGAAGAAACUCUGAAGAGUGGGACCACUAUUAUUGUAGACCGUUAUUCUUAUUCUGGGGUAGCAUUUUCCUCUGCCAAGGGACUUGAUAUUCAAUGGUGCAAGGCUCCUGAUAUAGGAUUGCUUGCUCCAGAUCUGGUAUUGUACCUUGAUAUUUCACCUGAGAGAGCUGCUGAAAGAGGAGGUUACGGUGGUGAGAGGUAUGAGCAGUUGGAGUUUCAGAAAAAGGUUGCCCUCUCUUACCAGGCCCUUGAGGAUUCAUCAUGGAAGAUAAUAGAUGCAACCCUUCCUAUGGAAGACAUUGAAAAAAAGCUGAGAGAAAUUGUGGUGGAAUGCAUGAUAAAGUGCCAAGAUGGAAAACCCUUGUCGCUGCUGUGGUCGAGCUAAGUGUAUGCCCUUUGUUGAGGACUCAAACUUCCAUUAUGUGGGUAAUUUAGCCCUACAUUUUUUCUUAUACCUUCCUGGCAAUGUAAUCUAGUAUCGAUACAAGUGCUCUUAGAUAGGUAGUCUUAAGUUUUGUUAGAACAGUGGGCAUAAGUACUUAUUUACUUCAAUUGUUCUUUGCCUUCCUUACUAUACUUUCUUUAACUUAAAGAAAUUUGAUAUUCCUUGUGGGAUUAAAAA